UUUAUCGUCUUUGAUUAUCAAUAGUUUCUUGAGCCAUUUGAUCGCACGCGAAGUUGCAUCAGGUGGUAUCAAAGCUUUGGUUUUCAAAUGGCUCGACGUGAUAGCGAUUACUCUCAUGUCCGUAGAAUCGCCGACCGAGGCAACGGAAGAGAUGGUCUCAGUUCACGUGCUCGUGGUGAAGAUCGACGCCCUGUUCGUAGAACCGCCGACCGAGGUAACAUCGGAGUUGAUCCCGACCCACGCGAUCUCAAGAUCAAGCGACUCCGGCAACGAGUUAGGGAUCUCGAGUUACAACACGAGAUUAGACAACUCAAGCAAAGGAUCCAAGAUCUUGAGGACUCUUCGUCAUGGAAGGAAACGGAACCGGAAGAACUCGUCAGGGACAAGUUAUCCGGGGAUGAGGAGAAUCCUACCAAUGAUGACACUAUCUUUGAUUCUUCUCCUACGUAUGAUGAAUACAAGGACGAGGAAUGGUAUUCUUGGGCAUCCAGUGAUGGUUCAAAUGAAACAGUGGGAUUUGGCAGGAAGUCUCGAGCUAAAAAUAUAUUUGAUUAUUCAAAGAUGAGUAUUGCUGACAUUAUUAACGAGAAUUAUGGUGAUGAAGCGAUUUCCAAGUUUUGUAGUAUUGAAAGUAUUAAAGGUGGUGGUUCUACGAUGGUGAUGGGUGGUUCGGCGACUACCUAUUGGAUUCGAUGUGCUUGUACGGUGGUACAAGUGUGGAGUCGGGCGGAACGAUUCGUGAAGUUGAGCUGUUUAGGUGGGGUGUGAUGAUAAUAAAUCGGAAUCGGGUUGAUGUUCCUUUUGAUCUGGGUGGCUUUCGUUCGAAGACAAAACUCGAGGACGAGUUUUUUUGAAGACGGGGAGUAUGAUGCAGAGAUGCCUAAAUUGAAUUAAACAUUAACGAUAUCUUUUAUUUAUUCAAAAUUUUAAUUUCCUAUUUGAUAAGUCUUGUGGUUGAACUAUAAAUAGGGGAUUUAGGGUUUAUUGUUAUUUAGUUUUUGAUUUGAUUAUUAUAAAAGAACUUUGUUCUUGGAACCUUUGGUUUGAUUUAUCGUCUUUGAUU